AUGGCGGCGAACGGGCGCCAGAUCCAGCCGGCGGAGGAGGAGGCGAUGAAGCUCAUCAUCGACACCGAUCCCGGCAUAGACGACAGCGUGGCGAUCAUGAUGGCGUUCCAAGCGCCGGGCGUGGAGGUCCUAGGGCUCACCACCAUCUUCGGCAACUGCACCACCGCAUACGCCACCCGCAACGCCUUGAUACUGUGUGAGAAGGCAGGCCGCCCCGACGUGCCGGUGGCGGAGGGCAGCGCCGAGCCUCUCAAGGGAGGGAAGCCGCAAGUUGCCGACUUUGUUCACGGAUCCGAUGGCCUCGGGAACGUAUCAGUUCCUGAACCUACCACCAAGAAAGCAGAGCAAACCGCCGCAGAGUUUCUGGUCGACAAGGUGUCGCAGUUCCCCGGGGAGGUCUCGGUGCUCGCCUUGGGCCCUCUGACCAACCUCGCAUUGGCCAUCAAGAUGGACCCCUCCUUUGUGAGCAAGGUGAAGAAGAUAGUGGUGCUGGGUGGAGCCUUCUUUGCAGCAGGGAAUGCCACCCCUUCAGCCGAGGCAAACAUCCACAGCGACCCAGAGGCGGCGGACAUGGUGUUCACGUCGGGCGCGGACAUCGCCGUGGUCGGCCUCAACAUCACCACCCAGGUGAGCUUCACGGAGGCGGACCUGUCGGAGCUGAGGAGGUCCGGGGGCAAGCAGGCGCAGUUCCUCUGCGACAUCUGCAAGUUCUACAGCGACUGGCACCUCCACUCGUACGGCGACCCCGCCGUGUUCCUGCACGACCCGGUGAGCCUCGCGGCGCUGGUCCGGCCGGAGCUCUUCACGUUCAGGAAGGGCGUGGUGCGGGUGGAGACCCAGGGCAUCUGCAGAGGCCACACCUCCAUGGACAUGGGGCUCAAGAAGUUCAAGUCGGAGAACGCGUGGUCGGGCUACACGCCCAUCUCGGUGGCGUGGACGGUGGACAAGGCCAAGGUGGUCGCCUUCGUCAAGGAGCUCCUCAAAAAUUAA